GCUAGACCUGAAAAGAAGGUUGAAAAUAAAAUGAGGAUACGAUUGAUGGUUCAAGGCCUCAGAGGACACGUGAGCAAACUCAUGGAAAGAUACCAGCCUCAGGAGCAGGAGGGGCACCCUGGAGCUUCCUAGGAUUUCCUCCUGAGUUUAACUACCCUUGGAUGCUCCUGUUGAAAUGGAGAAGAUUGAGGACCAGUUUGCUAAUCUGCACAUAUAUAAAUGUUCCUCAGGAACUAAAGAGCCCACUUUCCUUCUUGGCAUAGACACAUCAAAGACUGUUCAAACAGAAAAAGAAAGCUUGGUGGCUGUUUUAUGUUCUAAUGGAUCAAUCAGAAUAUAUGAUAAAGAAAGGUUAAAUGUACUACGAGAAUUUAGUGGAUAUCCUGGACAUCUUAAUGGAGUCAAAUUUGCAAAUUCCUGUGACAGUGUAUAUUCAGCAUGCACUGAUGGCACUGUAAAAUGUUGGGAUGUUAGAUUAGCCAGUGAAAAACCCAUCCAGCUGUUCAAGGGUUACCCUUCCAAUGUUUUUAUCAGUUUUGAUAUCAACUGUAAUGAUCAUGUCAUAUGUGCUGGUACAGAAAAAGUUGAUGAUGAUGCAUUGUUGGUAUUUUGGGAUGCAAGAAUGAAUUCUCAGGAUUUGUCUACUGCUAAAGAUCCACUUGGUGCAUAUUCAGAGACACAUAGUGAUGAUAUCACUCAAGUACGUUUCCAUCCCAGCAAUCCCAACAUGGUGGUCUCUGGUUCAACUGAUGGCCUAGUAAAUGUAUUUGAUAUUAGUGUUGAUAACGAAGAGGAUGCACUGGUUACAACCUGUAACUCAGUUUCAUCAGUAAGCUGUAUUGGUUGGUCUGGGAAAGAUUAUAAACAGAUUUACUGCAUGACACACGAUGAAGGAUUUUAUUGGUGGGAUCUUAAUCAUCUGGAUACUGAUGAACCAAUUACAUGUUUGAACAUCCAGGAUGUCAGAGAAAUAGUUAACAUGAAAGAAGGUAUUUUGGACUAUUUGAUUGGUGGCCUAUAUCAUGAAAAGGUGGAUAAAUUGUUUGUUAUUGGAGGAACGAACAAAGGAGGGAUUCACUUAAUGAACUGCACCACAUCAGGAUUGAUCUAUGUGACCAGCCUUCAGGGAGGACAUACUGCUACAGUCCGUUCUUUCAGUUGGAAUAUGCAGGAUGAUUCUUUGCUGACUGGGGGAGAAGAUGCACAGUUGUUACUUUGGAAACCUAGAGCUAUAGAGAAGACCUUUACAAAGAAAGACAGCAUGAAAAUAGCAUCCUCUGUGCACCAGCGAGUACGAGUUCACAGUAAUGAUUCUUAUAAGAGAAGGAAAAAGCAGUGAUAUCACAUUGGCAGUUUACUUGGUAGGCUUUAUACUUUCAAUUGACCGAAAUGUUAUGUGAAAAAAUAAAAAAGAUAACCAGUAUUGUUUCAAGUAAUUAUUUUUGUUUAGUACCUAUGGUAGCCAUGUUUAAAGCUUCAUGUAAAAACAAGCCACUUAGCAAACAGUCCUGGAAAAAAUGUUGAGAAUGGUUUAAUUCAGGUCUUCAUGUAUUCUAAAAAUUGUUAAAGCUACUAGUUGAGUAUAAAAUUAGUGAAUUGAAAGUAAAAUUACAUUCCUCAUUUUGAAAACCCAUCUGUUGAGUGAGUAAAUGUUGGGUUUAAAGAAAUAGCUCUGAUAAGGACUUUUUAGAAGUAUAUAGCUGGUAAAACUUAAUAAGACAGGUGGUUGACUGUAUUUUUUAAAUCAAUUUUUUACAUUUAAGUUAUCUUCAUUGUCUGUAAAACCAUAUCAGACUAGAUUCUUUAUCUGAGAAACUUUUACUUGCUUGAUACUCCUAAUAUUAUGUUGGAGUAUUUAAAUGUAAAUAUUCUAAUGAGUGUAAACAGAAUUAAACUUUUUAAGAAAUAAAGUGAUAGGCAACUAUCUAAAAUGAGAAAAAUAUAUUUAGUAAAUAUUUGCAUCUAUACUUUAAUUUCAUUGGGUAAAUAGUAAGCAAGUGUUUUGCUGAUGAAAAGGAAAUUAUUUUGCUAAAUUCAUAUUAAGACUCAAAGUAAAAUACAAAAAUGAAAAUAUAACAGGAUUAUUUUUAUUUCAAAAUAUUAUUUUAAUAAUGUGUGAUAAAAUUUUCUUCCAUAGUGUUCCGUCCAUAAAUUUAAACUUGAAAUUUUGU